CAACACAAACUCAGUUAUAAGAGGCUGAAAGGUGUAAAGAGAGAGAGGGAGGCAUCAUUAUUCUCCCACAGAAUUUAUCAGCUUCGUAGCCAUGGAGGUUGAAACUGCGAACAAAGACAUGGGAGCAGCACAGCCUAGCCCCCUGAUAAAGAUCGGUUUGGUGGCAUCCAUAGCUGCCGGCGUGCAGUUUGGGUGGGCUCUGCAACUCUCCCUACUGACCCCGUACGUCCAGCUUCUCGGCAUCCCGCACACUUGGGCUGCCUUCAUUUGGCUCUGCGGUCCCAUCUCUGGUAUGCUCGUCCAGCCCAUCGUUGGAUACUACAGCGACCAAAGUACCUGUCGCUUCGGUCGCCGCCGUCCGUUCAUAGCUGCUGGGGCCGGCUUCGUAGCGAUAGCGGUCUUUCUCAUCGGUUAUGCCGCGGACCUCGGCCACCUCUUCGGCGACCGUGUGGAUAAACCCACGAGACCCCGCGCCAUCGCCUUCUUCGUGGUCGGCUUUUGGGUUCUUGACGUCUCCAACAAUAUGCUGCAGGGCCCAUGCCGUGCCCUCCUGGCUGAUCUCUCUGGGAACGACCAGAAAAGGAUGCGCACAUCCAAUGCGUUCUUCUCGUUCUUCAUGGCGAUUGGCAACGUCCUCGGCUACGCCGCCGGGUCCUACACUCACUUAUACAAGAUUUUCCCCUUCACAAAGACCAAAGCUUGCGACGUCUACUGCGCAAACCUCAAGAGCUGCUUCUUCCUUUCCAUUGCGUUGCUCUUGUCGGUAACCAUCCUGGCUCUCACUACAGUGAAAGAAAGAGCGCUUUCUUCGCAACCGAAGCCGGAAAACGCCGCCGGAGAGGAGGAAACGGUGACGAAGUCAGCUGGGUUACUCUUUUUCGGCGAAAUGUGGAGCGCUUUAAAGGGGUUACAGAGGCCAAUGAGGAUUCUACUUAUAGUGACGUGUCUCAACUGGAUUGCAUGGUUCCCGUUCCUGCUGUUCGACACAGAUUGGAUGGGGAAAGAGGUGUACGGAGGGACGGUCGGGGGGGGGCCGAAGGGAAAAAUGUACGAUCGGGGUGUGCGGGCGGGUGCGCUGGGGCUCAUGCUCAACUCCGUGGUCUUGGGACUCACAUCGCUCGGCGUGAACAUCAUCUCGCGCGGCGUUGGGGGAGUGAGGCGCUUGUGGGGUAUCGUCAACUUCUUGCUGGCACUGUGCAUGGCCAUGACCGUCCUGAUCACAAAGCUGGCCGAGUCUGCUCGGCAUAAAGCCGCCGCUAACGGCGUAGCAACACUAUCCUCGCCACCGUCGGGUGUUAAGGCAGGAGCUCUGGCACUGUUUACGGUGCUGGGUAUACCCCUGGCAGUGACUUAUAGCAUUCCUUUUGCUUUGGCGUCCAUAUUUUCCCAUUCUUCGGGUGCUGGCCAAGGACUUUCUCUGGGAGUCUUGAAUCUUGCAAUCGUCGUUCCCCAGAUGUUGGUGUCAGUUCUUAGCGGACCCUUUGAUGCCCUAUUUGGAGGUGGAAACUUGCCUGCAUUUGUGGUGGGUGCCAUUGCAGCUGCUGCAAGUGGAAUACUCUCACUCACCCUGCUCCCAUCUCCAACCGCUGAUCUCUCUGUUUCUAAAGAUGUAAUAGCAGUCCCUUCAUUCCAUUGAAUCUUUUUUCAUUCAGGAGGAGUUCAUCCUUGAUCUUCUUCUUUUUUGUCUUGUAUUUGUUGUUUUUUUUAUUGGGUUCCCCGGCCUGAUCCUGAUCUCAUUACUCUGAUGAUCUUAUGGAACUCAUGUGUUUGUUGUGAUUGGCAUUUGUGGUCUAAGAGCACCCAAUGCUACAAAAGCCAUGCAUUUUAGUUUUUAGUGGCAUCAAUAUCAAUGUCUAGUACUACAUAUAAAUAUAGAUCCAGUCUUUGGAAUUACCCCAAUAUCAAUGGAUGCGUAUCUGAUUUUCUCUUA